UGACAGAGGCACAGUUUCUUUCUGCUCGCGGUCUCGCAGUAAUCGGACUUGUUACUCAGUUUGAUCGUUAACGGACUCUGAAAGGACCUUAACACGAUCUGGAAUACCGCUGUGUUUGGACGUUGUAUCAGGAAUUUCAUAGUACAGCCGUAUCUCCGCGCUGUGGAUAUUUCUUCUUAUCCUGGAUCUUGUGGAUUAUUUUACUGACUUCAACAUGACUUUGGAAGAGGUCGUUGGAUCAAACAGCACCGAAAAAAAGAUGGAGACGGUGAGUCAAGCUCUGGAGGAGCUACUGGUCGCUGCUCAGCAGCAGGAUUGUCUCACGGUUGGAGUCUACGAGUCCGCCAAACUCAUGAAUGUAGACCCAGACAGCGUUGUACUGUGCAUCCUCGCAACUGAUGAGGAGGAUGAAGACGACAUAGCGCUGCAGAUCCAUUUCACGCUGUUGCAGGCUUUCUGCUGCGACAACGACAUCAACAUCCUGCGGGUGUCAGGCAUGAGGCGGCUGGCUCAGCUGCUGAAGGAGGACACCGAGGACAGCAACAGCAACGAACCCCGGGAUCUGCACUGCAUUCUGGUCACUAACCCUCAAGUGCAGCCUCUGCAGUGCCAAGCCCUGCAAGACGUCGGCAGUUUCUGUGAGGAGAGCCGAUGCAGCAAUCAGUGGGUGCCCUGCCUGGAGCUGCAGGAUCGUUGACUGGAACCGGGCCAAGCCAAACCGAAUCAGACCGCCGGGGAGCGGUGAGAAAAGAGUGAAAACAAUCAAACCUGCGCAGAAGUAACGCGGUAUGAGUUGUGCUGUGCCGGACCGAGCCAAAUCCGAGCCCGAUGGGGGAGGUCUUUUUGUCCUCGUGGAGCACGUGAAACGUCGGUACUGGUAGUGGCUGUGGAAGCUGGACCAGACUGAGCAGGAAGUCUCAGUCAUGGAGCUGCAGAGGGGGAAGUGAAGAUGAAAUACCAGGACUUGAGUGACGCAAAUGGAUGUCACAUGAUGAACUGAAGAGCUGCAUGUAAAGCUCAGGACUAGCUGCGCUGCAGGUGUGGCAGGUGUUCUGCUUACCUGUUUGCUGCACGUGAACUUUUGUCAUGAUGUGAUUUUACACACUGAUGUAUCUAAAUACAUUAAAUAUGAGUCUGCUUGAUGUGAUGGAAAAGCCACAAGUGAGAAGUGAAGCCACUCUGUGACUUAUUCUGUUUGGUCAAUAAAGUUCUGAUGGAAAUAUAA